AUGGCUGUGCUAGAUAGUAAGUCUAUUUUAACUUCCCUGUGCAAUAAUUACAAAAAUCUCCUAAAAAUUAUUCACUUAAAUGCCCAGGCACUAACCUAUGAUUGUCAUGCCAAUGAGUUUACCCACUUGUUUGAUAACAGUGAUAUAGAUAUAAUUGCAGUAAGUGAGACCUUCUACAAAUCAAACGACGACGUGCUACCCCUUUCUGGCUACAAUGUUUUUGUCUCAAACAGGACCUCUCAUGAUGGUGGGGGCGUAGCUGUUUAUGUCAAAUCAUCUUACCAAUGCAAAGUUUUAACUCAAUCAGUAUCACCAACGUUUAGACAACAACAGCCUGACUUCAUAAUAGUUGAGGUUACACUAACGAAUGCAAAGUUGUUAUUUGCUUGUAUUUAUAGACCACCAAAAGCUGGACAUCUAGAACAUUUUGAAGAGGCCCUCUUUCCUCUGUGUGCAGAAUAUCAACAUGUUAUUGUUGCUGGUGACGUGAAUGCUCACUUUGAUAGUCUGCUACCCUGUCAUAUUAACGAUGGCAAGUGCAUUGUGAAGCUACUGGAAAUGUGUAACUUAACACGAGUGCCUUUUGCUGCCACUUACCACACAGCCACGUGUGACUCGUCUCUCGACAUGAUUUCCUCGACAUGUCCAGACAAACUACUCCACUUCUCGCAGUUUCCAGCCUGUGAAUUAUCUGCCCACGACAUGCUAUCUGCAGUGUUUAACUUUAACUCACUAAAACGUUCACGCACAACCUGUACUAGAAGAGACUACUCAAAAUUCAAUAUUGAGGAAUUCAGAAAUGAACUUAAGGAAGCCUCAUGGGAGGAUCUUCUGCAUAUGAACAACAUUAACGAUAAAGUGGCAUACUUUAAUGAAGUUCUUACUACACUCUUUGACAAACACGCCCCCCUCAAAACAUUCACGAACAAAACUCAACCCAAGCCCUGGUUCAACACUGAUAUAGAUGCAAUGAUUAGAAGCCGUGAUAUCGCCUAUAGACACUAUCAACGCAACAAAUGUCCUGCAGAUCUCACCAAAUAUAAAACACUUAGAAAUAAAACUAAAACACUCAUUAGAAAUGCCAAGAUGCGCCAUGCGCAUUCCUUAUUCAACAACAACUGUAACAACCCUAAACUCCUCUGGCAAUCCCUAAAAAACCUGAAUGUAUCCAAAACCUCAGUCCAAUCUUGUACUUACCCUCCUGCUGAAAGCCUAAAUGCCCACUACACAUCAGUACCUGUCACAGAUGCUAACGCAAUAAAAAAUACCACUGAAGGCUACGACACACUAACCCCUACAGUCAACGACCUCUUUGCAUUCAAACAUGUUUAUUUUGAUGAUUUGCUUAGAGUUGUAAGAAGCCUUAAAUCUAAUGCUAAAGGAAUUGACUGUAUUACCUCUGCUAUGCUUAAAUGUUGUAUUUUUGAACUGUCUCCUGCCAUACUACACAUUUUCAAUUACUCACUUCAACAUGCUGUAUUCCCUGAAUUGUGGAAAAUUGCUGCUGUUAAACCACUUCCCAAAGGCUGCAGUUACUACAGUAGUGAUCAAGAAUUGACUCUACGGAUUUGCAGUUUUAUGAAAAUCGAAAAAGAGUCUCCUUGCUCGUACUACGAGACACCUCGACUCUAA